UCUGUUUACAAACUGAGGGCUGUAGAGAAGUGGAGAAGAGAGAGAAGGAAAGCAAUGUGAGAAGCAAAUACAGGAGAAGACAGGAGAGCCUGGAUCUGAAUUAACAUCAGCCCGUUGUGUUCCUGUGUUGUUUACCUCCCUGUGUGCUUUGUUCCGAGCAGGAAGGCAGGGAAAGGGAUGAGACUCUGCCCUCCACAGGAACACUGAGGCUGCCUGCCUUUCUGCUCGCCUGCUUGGCUGGCCGUGCUACCGGGAAACACAUCCAUGUCCUUCCCUUUGUCUCUCCAUAAUUAGACUCGGCAGAAUUUUCACAGCCAGAGAGGAGGAAAGCGAGGUGGGGAGCUAAAGAAGACAGGACAGAGGAGGAGAGGAAAGGAAGGGAGAAGAGAAAAGAAGAGGAGGAAGGGAGGGAAAGCCUCGUGACAAUGUUUUGAACAGGAGGCAAAACAGAAGAGCUGGGACUGCGCCUAUGACCAGAGUGGCUGCACACUUCAUCAUCACUGCACACUAAGGGUCAAAUGAGGUUCAAUUUUGAGUAAUGUCUUCUUGAGAACUCUCUUAUCAGAUCUGCUUACUCCUGACCAGAAGUCACUGCACAUCCGCUCUACUAUCGGGGUUAAAGUAUUCUGAACCUAGAAGGUGGUACAAAGCUUGUGCUUUUGUGGUAACCAGACUUUGUGAUAUUGGAGAGGUCACGACCUCAAAUAUUUUCUCGGUUUGCCAACCGAACAUUCACAUAUCUGAUGCAUCCUGUCCAGUGGUGUAAUGGGUGUCUGUGUGACGAUCCCUACUGCACGAUGACCUCUGAAGAGCUCUUCCACCUGCCGCUCAAUGUCUACAUCAUCAUCCUGGGCAUCGGCCUCUUCAUCCUCAUGCUCACCCUCAUCUUCUGCUGCUACCUGUUCAGACUCAAGCGAAGAGGUGCAAGAGAGCAGUAUGGUUGUUUUGAAAGGAGGGGGAAGAAGCUGAGCCUUAUUGGGCAAACAUGUGCGGUGUGUUUAGACGAGUUCCGCAGCAGGGACGAGCUUGGAGUGUGCUCAUGUUCUCACGCCUUUCACAAGAAGUGUCUGAUGAAAUGGUUAGAGAUCCGCAGUGUCUGCCCCAUGUGCAACAAGCCCAUUUGUCGCCUCCUGCCCCCACCCCAACAAGCUCAAGAGCAGCCCCAGAGUAUCUUGGAGGUCUGACAGGGGGAUGGAUGUCCAGCAGCACCUCACACUCCAGUCACUUGACACCUGUCACUACUGAUGGGCGCUGUUGCCCAAUCCUACAGAUGGUGGUUUAGGUAAUGCAAACAUUUUAAGACAGAGCUUCUCUGGAAGUAGAAAUGAUAAGAGCCUAAAAUAUGUGAGUGAGAUUAUAACACUAACACAGGGGUGGAAAAGGUAAUAAUUAUCCGCUAAUACUUGAUAUGGCAUAUAAAUAGCAGAUUAAGGCUAACUAUCAAGCCUAAAUGCUGCCGUUAAUCGUACAAAGCCAGUAAGCUAAGUGCCUUAAAGCUGCAGAUCCUCUAAAUUAGAGAAACACUCGUCACACUGAGCAUGUGUGUAUGAAAUCCCAGUUUACUCUCUAUAGACAUGUUCUUUGGGAAAUGGACACAAUUUAAUGAAGAGCCCUGAGUUGUCUGGCUCUGCUUCAAACGCACAAUAUAUAUAUUUUUUUUUGCCACUAGUGGUCUUUCAAUCCAAACAAAACAAGUGGUCUAGGGAAGUGGUGUAGAAUCAUGGGAGUUGUAGUCUUCGCCACCAUUGCCUUCAUUUCAGUCAGCUUCUCCUGGGAGCCUAAUCACUUGAGAGGUCUCCUUCUCUUACAGAAAUGGACCAGGUGAACAAUAAUGUGGCUUAUAAAUAGAAAAAGCUUUUAGGAGACAACCCCAACGCUGACAUUUGCACAAAGGAGUUACAAUGUAUGUAUUUCUCUAGGUUUUUAAAGUGUUUCAAAGAUUUUGGAUAAUGUAAGUACAAAACCCGACAAAAUAUGAAAUAGGUCUCGUUGUUUUUUAGACAUUUUAAUGUGGAAAUGUUAAAAAAAAUGAUCUUUAACUGCCAAGCUUACAAUGACUCUUACACCCUAACGUACAGGCAUCCAAAAGCCCCUGCUCGAUUCAGAGGAAAUCCCAAAUGCUCUUCAACAUUUUUCUUCAGUCUACUGAUAGCCUUUAUUAUUGUUAAAUCAAUCAUUUAAGAUUGAUGUAAUAAUCUGAUGCAAAGAAACUUUUGGAGAGAUAAAUAAAAUGAUGUAACAGCAUAUGUGACACCAAGACAACAGCAUCAGGAUUUACCAUUAACAUCAUGCCAUCACCAAAAAUCGUUGGCAUCAUCAUCUGAGUGUGAAGAUGGUGUUACUGUUGCAACUCAAGUUAAUAUAUUAUUUCUGCCAUCAGAGCAGCUCUGCCUCUGUGAAAUGUUUGUUUGACAAAAAAUCUGCCCACUUUGACAUUAGCCAAAAAAUGACACGCAUGCAGGCCACAAGAAAUGGAGCUUGGAUAGAGGGAGAUUCAAACGACAGACACCAGCUGUGAAGACAUCAAAAGCUCCCUUGGCUUUUUGUUGCUCCAAACUUGAUCGUGCAUGCAGAUUUGUGAUGGAUAAAGAAAAAGAGACUUUUAAGAAAACACGACAAUUGUAAAGAAUGAGGGUUGUGUAUAUUUUGGCUGUAACCUCUGAUUGCCUCACAGUUAUUAAGCUCCAUCAGUGUUGCCAAGCUGGGUGAAGGUAAUGAAGCCUUAAAUGGCAAGACAAUUACGUCAUAUGGGAUCUGAUGUCUUGUAGGAACGGUUUUGUUUUAUUACUGACUUUUUAUUGUUAUUGUCAGUGAUGCGAGAACACUUGACUGUCAUUUGUCAAAGAGUUGGAUGUCACUGUUGCCUUUGGGACAGAUGUAAGUGCUUUGUACUUUAGUGAUAUAAAUAGACACAGUGCACUGAUAGAAGAGCCUGUUUAAGCUGGUUUCUUGAGUGAGGUGCACCAUAAACAUCCUCCUCUGUAUGUACCAUGUAAUAUAUAUUGAGUACUCUGUAAAUUGUAAAUGCUUUUGAAUAUUCUGACUUUAGAAGAAGAAAAAUAUAACUGGUGUUUUGAUAUGGUCAUUUGGAUCCAAGUCUUUUUUUCUAGUUUUGCUACAUGUUGACACUUACAUAUUUGUAUGUUGUUGUACUAUAUGGAAAGGUUUACAACAUUUUAGUUGCUUUGGGUUGAUGUUAACAACUUUGUGCUAACGUGACGGAAGGAUUUCCACCAAUACAUAUAUGUGCCUGAUAAAAAAUCUCCAUACAUUACUCAAACAUGGGUUAUUGUGUGGUGGGGCUAACUUCUACAGUUAAUUAAGUGCCGUAAAAAAUAUUUUAGACAGGGUAGCCCACGGCAACAUCUGAGGGUCAGUUGGUCCCCUCCGGUCUAAACUGAACAACUCAUCUCUCGACAACUAUUGGAUGAAAUGUAAUUAGAUUUUGUAUAGAUGUUUAUGAUACAAAUCCUACUGACUGCUACUAAUAAAGUGCUGCAGAAAUUA